AAAAGAUAUUAGUGAAAUUAGAGUGUUUUGCCCUAUUCCCAAACGUUUUCCAAAUCUCAAACCCCAAAUCUCUCCAUUGUGCGACGAUGGCGGCCUCUUCGUCCUCGGCUACCUCCCACUCUUCCUCAGAGUCCUCGUCCGACUCGUCUUCCUCUCACGCUAAACGGCGUCGUCAUCGCAGCAACCGCCGCGACAGAGACAGAGAUUCUCUCAAGAUCCGGAAGAAGAGUCGUUCCUUAGGUAAACGGCGUCGUCGAAAGCAUCGCCGCCAUUCCUCCGACGACUCUUACUCUUCCUCCGACUCCGAUUACACCAGCAGAAGUAACAGUUCUUCAGAUAGUGAGCACGAGUCAAAUCAUUCAAAGAGGCACAAGAAAAGUGACAGGCCAAAGAAGUCGAAGCAAAAAGAACAGAGCAAGAGUCAUCGACAUAAACGUCCCAAGCACAAAGUUAAAGAGAAGCUGCAGGAUGAGGGAAGUAGCAGCCCUGUGCAGCUUUCUAAGUUUCUUGGGCGUGACAAGGAUGAUAGUGUACGCCGUAGUGCUGUCUCUGGCAAAAAGAUUCUGUUGAAACUUGACAAGUCAAAGGAGGAUAAAGCGGCCGAGAGCAAACGAAAUGAAUUAUUGAAGUUCUUAAACGCUAGUUUUGAUUGACUUGAUGCAGCUGAAGUUCAAAUUGUCUUAUGAAGGUAAGAUCAAUGGACUGCGUUAGACCUUCUCAGAUUAAAGUCCAAGUAUCUUUCUGAAGGUCAGGUUAUUAUGCUUGAAGUCACCCUCAUAGGUCAUGUUUUCCAUCAGUCCUGAGGGAUGUAAGAAUAUUGGUAACCUCAGCCUUGAGAAGUUGUAUUUUAUAAUGAAUUCCUCAAAUCUCAGUGUUGUAUUUUAUGGAUUUGGUGCUUUCCUUCAUAUAUUGACUUUAUGUGAUCAAAUUUUAUAUAUUUGAUGAGUAUUUGAGAAGCUUGUCACCA